UGGGCUCCGUGCCGGGUUGAGGUUGUAGCUUAGCGCAGGAGUUAAAGAUGUCUCGUCUGUUGUCGUCGUGCGUGUCUAUCGCUGCUUGGACGAUCUCUUUACGGCCUUGGUCUACCCACGACAUUGGGAACGUGCAACGUGUUGCUGGUUUGUCUCUGUCAAAAAGAAAGGGCCGUCGCACAUCAAACGGUGAACAGCGUCGGAGGCAGACUGAAAACUUCUACAUUGGCACACCGAGAGUGGAUGUUGUUAAUCCAACAUCGAGCGGCUCAUCAGCCGAGCAGCCUUCCGGAGGACUACCACGGUCCUCGGGCGUGCAACCGACGUCCAUCACGAGCGGAAGUUCGAGCCGUAAUCUUCACGGGAACGUUCAUAGCGGACCUUCGUCUAGCCACGAGCCGUUCGGGGUAGGCGGACCACGCGGAGGUGGACCAACUGUUGGGUAUGGUGGAUCCUCCAGUUCCACGACUGGGCUUCGUGAAGCGACGGUUUUGUCUACACGACAGACAAGCAGACAUCCUGCCUUGGGGUCCACCAGCACGACCGGAUCAUCAUCAUCGAGCUCCAGCAGUGCCACUUUGAGCGAGUUGCACGAGCGUGCACAGCAAGCUUUGUUGGACCGCAGCGGAGAGAGCCUGCGAACCUGCCUGGCAAGUUGCCCCAGCUGGAAAAGCAUAGAGGGCGAUAAUCCACCGCCUCAAGAAACAGGCAGCAGGAGGUGCUCUGGAGCUCAUGUGGUCAGCACCGAUGUUGAAGAAGAGUACAUGGACGACGACAACAGCCCGGACAUCGAUUCCAAUAAAUUCUUCUGCGCACUCUGCCUUGAGGGCUUCGACGAGAAAUCUAACCCUGCUGCCGCAAUGUCGUUUUGCGCCUGCACUGCAGCUGGUGCAGCAGCAGACGACGCUUUUCUCUCAUCCAGCAGGAACAAACGCACCGCCUGGGGUGAGCUCCCCGUCUGCCAGCAUCGCUUUCACCUAUCCUGUCUCCGCCAGUUGGUGGAGCACUGCGAGCGGGAUCCGAGCCUGGCAGUGCAGCAAACACAGGUGAAUUCCGCACAUGAUGACAUGGAAGCGAUUUACGAGGAGUUCAUUAACGGACAAAGGAUGCGCAUCUCCACUGCGAGAACAUCAAACGGUCAAAUGGACCACAAUGUCGGAACGCCAACCAGCGGUCCGCCACGGGGACAUCGAGCAGCCUUGGCCAGACCCUACGACCAGCAGGAUAAUGAGGAUUUAGUUCUCCCGAUACCGGAAAGACGACGUCGGAGAGACCAAAACGACCGAGGAGGGUCAUUAUUCCCGCCACGAAGUAGUGGUGCUCGCACGAGCGGAUGGCGAAGGCGGCAGCGGCAACAACUCGCAGCGCAGAACCAGCGAAGGGACGAAGAAGAACGACAAGAAGCAGAACAACGAUUAUCCGCAACACAAAUUACCGAUCGAAACGACCGGGAGCAGCGGUUGGCGAAUCUUUUAGGCGCGGCCCGGUACAUCAACGCGACAACUGGAACAAUGACAGCACACCGGGAUGAAGCAGAUGAUGUUGAAGACGCUAUCCUCCACCCAGCGAGACAAAUUCACGACCAUAUGAUGCUUUUGGUCUCUGUUAUCGACCCCCGGUCGGUGCAGCAGCUGCGGGGUGGUGAAAAUCAAAAUCUAGCGGAAAUCGACCGGUAUGACAACCCGUUUUUCACGGCGAGGAGAAGGGACGAUAUUAACGGGGAAGAUCUUCAUGGCUCUGGAACAAGAAGGCCUCGACACAGAAGAACACCCUCACCGUCCGAGGAGUCGCAUGAACGCGGUUUCCCAACAAGGAGAACGCAGACAAUUUUAGCCACCGUACCAAUCCCCAGGAUCCUCGACUACGAGCGGCGGAGGCAUGAAAUGUUGUACGGUCCGGGGAGUUGGGACCGGAACAACGAUGAUAUCGAAUUCACGGAUCAGGGAACCAGUAGAACAUCGAAUGAGACCAGCAUCUUCGCGGGAUCUUCGGCGUUUCGGACCGUUCUGAACCUGAUGUGGGGCGGGGGACCGCCGAGCGGCGCGGCGACUAGUGGUGAUAAUGCUAGCGCGAGAUUGGAUUUGGAAGAAAGAGUCCGGCAAACGCUAGCGAAACGGCAGAGAAAUCGAGACUACCAUCAACUGCUGGGGGAGUUGCUUCUUCGGAUCCAGCUUCUGCCGAGACAAGAACGUGCCAGCGGGCAUUCUGGAGCCGCGACUGCACCCACGGAGCAAGAGCGCAGGAUUCGGGCGUUAGAAUAUCAAGUGCAAGAAAUAUGUCUGGUUCUGGAAGAACGGAACUUGUACUGCGCAUAAGGGAUACUUGCAGUUCCUGAGAAAUUGAAAUCUGUGUUGCAUGAGCAGCAAGAGUGACGUAUGAGCAGCUUUUUUGUCAUAGAAAAACGGAACGCGCAACUCGUGCUAGGCAUCAGAAAGCGUUUCAGAAAGAAGUUGUCAUGCUUGACCGCCAUGGCAAGUAGAAGUAUUGCAAUCAUCCGCAUGAGAACUCAUCAUCACAGGUUUAGUUCAGAAGAUCCAGAUCGAUAUAUUAAUUUGCAACAUGCAUACAAAAGCGGUUGAUACGCACAUGACGUUCGACGACCCCGACCUUACCGAUGACGACCGGAUGCCGCAAUUCCUGGUCGAGCCUGGGUUUUUAGAAAACCUGAUCCAUUCCAUCGUGGAGAAGGUUUCCAACAAUCUCCCGACCUUCCGGUCCUCCGCCUGUACGAAGCAUCCUAAGAAAUUGGAAGACGUUCUGGCGAAAAUUUCUGCGUCCAGGAAACGAGUCCCCUGUCCACUGUGUAGAAAACCGGUGCCGAAUAGUUUGAUUGGCCACUGGUUGGUGCAAGAUUGGAUUUUGGAACAGGAGGAAGAAGAGCUGGUGUUGUCUCAUCUUUCGCGGCCUUCCAAGGAAAAACAUGAACAUCAAAUUGGUGCUGGAUCAUCUAGUUCGCCUUCCGGUGCCUCUUCGUCUUCUUCUAGUACUUGGCAAUUAUCGUCCACAACUGCGACGACGCCCGCGUCUUCUUCUUCUACUUCCGGUCGUAAUGGUGCAACAGCAGCUCGUGCUCCGAUUUCGUCCCCUUCAAAAGCGAUUUUGGCCAAAGCGAGAAAGUCACAGACGAAUACUAUUACAGAUUGGACUGCCACACCGACCAAAAAAUCCUUCUCGGAGAUGAUCGAUGAACACGACAACAAAAACGGCAGUCCCCAAAGGGACCGGCUACUGCAUUUAAUGGACUUAACCGGGCUGAAGGCGGAGGACAUGGUGAUUAAAAACUGCCCGGUGAGGUGUUACAAAUUCCAGCCGUUGGCGGAGGAUACGAUGGUUCUACCCGUGCAUCAUCGACUGGACUCGGAAGACACGGACGCGGAUGAUGUUGAGGCGGGCAGAAGCGGACCGAGGACAAGCGCGAGAGGAGGUCGCAGUCGCACAAGUGGAACGUCGCAUGCUAGACACGCAAGAGGACGGCAUGAACGCGACGGCUCCCACUCCUAUCUGAACUACGACGGGACCACACCAAGAACUCCGGGUGGUCGAGUCCCUGUUGCGGAGGAUAUGCAAUACAAAUUUUCCGUACAUGUACAAGAUGCGUCACAAAUUUCACCAAGUUGGAGUGUGCUGACACUUGUCAUGCUAAACCAGGAUCGAAGCCUCGUUUUGUCAUGCAGAGACCGCAUUUGUACGUCGUGCACGGGAAAUUUACUGUGGAUAGAGGACGACCACAUGACAUACUCCUUCGUCUGCUUUAUGGAAAGGAUCGGCGCGGCGAUGAAUUUUGGGCUGGGGAACUGCUGCGCGGGACCACGGUCUUCGGGGACGUAUUGAAAUAGAGGCAUGCAGGUAUAAUAUUACCACUUCUGGUCGAAAACAAAAACGUCUUUGUCUGGUAAACUAAUUUUGAUACAACACAAAUUUCAAUUUCUUCAUAUUGAACUUUUGUAAAACAUUUGACAUCGUUUGAGAAUACAAACAUUCGCCUGCUGAAAAGACAAAAACUACUGUUUCACGAUUUUUGCAACCAGUCUCUGUUAAUAAGACGAUAAUGCUAGACGAUUGAAAUUUUGAUGUAUCCAUCACUGGGUGUGUGAUUUUCGGAGCAGGGCCGCGCACCCAUGCACAUGAAGAUA